AUGUCAAAAGCUACUACUUCACAUUUAGAGAAAUCUGAAAUAUCUCAUAUUGAAAAUGAAGAUAGAAGUUUAACAGAUUUGAAACAAUCAGAAUCAGAAUUUGCAUUUUCAAAUGAAGUCGAAGAUGAAUAUGCUAAUUUACCUGAAUCAUUACAAGGUUUAACUCCAGAAGAAUUAACAAAAUUAGAAAAAAAAACUACUAGAAAGAUAGAUAUUAGAUUAAUGCCAAUGUUAAUUUAUAUUUAUAUUUUAAAUUACUUGGAUAGAAAUAAUAUUGCAAGUGCAAGAUUAGCUGGUUUAGAAAAAGAUAUUGGUUUGGUUGGUAAUCAAUAUCAAACAUGUAUUUCUGUUUUAUUUGCUGGUUAUAUCUUGUUUCAAGUUCCUUCAAAUAUGUUGUUGAAUAAAUUAGGUCGUCCUUCAAUUUAUAUCACUGUUGUUAUGACUAUUUGGGGUGUUUUAUCUACUUGUACCGGUGCUGUUCAAAGUUAUGGUGGUUUAUUAGCUAUUAGAAUCCUUUUAGGUGUUGUCGAAUCCGUAUGUUAAGCAUAAAUUAAAUUUUUUCAAAAUUUCAAAUUAAUUAAUAUUGAAGAGUUCCUUCGAUACAGAUUGAUUUGAAUACAUCAAAGACAUUGUACUAACAAAAGCUAUGCGUUUUUUCCUGGGGCUUUGCUCAUAUUAAGUAAUUGGUAUGAUAAGAAGACAUUGGCAUCCAGAAAUUCAAUUUUAUAUGCUGGAAGUUUGAUCAGUUCAGCUUUUAGUGGUUUGAUCGCAGCAGGUAUUUUGAAAAUUCCAGGUUUAAAAGGACAAUCAUGGAGAUGGUUAUUCAUCGUUGAAGGUGGUUUAACUGUUGCUUCUGUUCCAUUUGCUUAUUUUGUGUUACCAGAUAAUCCAUCAAACACCAAGUUUUUAUCACAACAAGAAAAAGAUAUCAUAAUGUGGAAAAUGAGUAAAGACGUUGGUGUUAAAGACUCAGAUCAAGUUAAUGAAGAAUCUGAUUUGCAAGGUUUCUUUAGUGCUUGUAAAGAUAUUAAAGUUUGGAUUCUUUGUGGUACUCAUUCAUGGUUAGUUGCAGCUUGUGGUGUUACUAAUUUCUUCCCAACUGUCGUUGAAACAUUAAACUUUUCGAGAACUAUAACAUUAGUUUUAACUGCUCCUCCUUAUCUUAUUGCUGUUGUUGCUACUUUCUUAUGGGCCAGACAUGCAGAUAAAUCAGGUGAAAGAAUGUUACACGUUGUUAUUCCAUUAAUAUUAUCGUUAGUCUCAUUUAUUAUUGCUGCUUGUACUUUAAACACUGGUGCUAGAUACUUUGCAAUGUGUUUAAUGGUUCCAUCAUUAUAUUGUGCUUUCGUUGUCAUUCUUACUUGGAUUUCAAAUACUGUUCCAAGACCACCAGCUAAAAGAGCAGCAGCAAUUGCUAUUGUUAAUUGUUUGUCAAACUCAACAUCAAUUUGGAAUGCUUAUUUAUAUCCUUCUGGUGAUGGUCCACGUUAUAUGAUUGCAUUCAUUUGUAAUUGUGUUUUCAUUGCAUUAGCUAUUGCAUUUGCAUUGGGAUUAGCUGUUAGAUUAAGAAUAUUAAAUAAGAAGAUUGAUAAUGGUUCAUUGAAUUGGGAAAGAGAAUUUGGUAAAGGUUUUGAUGCAUCUAAAAUUAAUGCUGAUUUUAGAUUCUUACAUUAA